CAUUCUCAGCCCAAAGAUUCUAGGAAACGCAUCCCAUUCUAGAGGAAACGGGGACCGCAAGACACUUUCGGUGUCUCCAUGUUUUCCCUGUCAUCUUUGCACAUAUCUGAUCAAACCCGAGACCUACCGACCACGGCCACCGGGAUCUAGGAAUUUCUACAGCAGUUUCAAAAAGAGGACAAGGGAAGACUAUUUGAACAGAUAAACCAGCGUCUUAUCUCGUCACUAUGUGGUCAAAAAUCAUCUGAACAAACCCGCUUUUGCCAAUGUUCUUGCGUUGUUAGAUUUUUGAAACAAGUGUCGGUCAUGUUCUUCACCUGACAACCCUCCCUCGUAUUCUCCCUGUACGGACUGAUUGACGCAAAACAACUUUUUAAAAAGAAGUUAUCCUCAAAUCCGCUGGCUUCGGAAGCAAACGGCUGUUUUCUGCCCUUUUCUAUAAAUAUUUCAUUUCUUUGAAUUUUAAGCUGCAUUACCAAGGCGAAACGGCGGCUUCAGUUGAUUAUCUUUCUUUUCUCUGCUAUCCAAUGGAUAUUCACUGCAAAGCAGACCCGUUCUCAGCGAUGCACCGGCAUGGGGGUGUAAACCAGCUAGGCGGGGUGUUCGUGAACGGAAGACCCCUACCUGACGUGGUGAGGCAAAGGAUUGUAGAGCUCGCGCACCAGGGAGUGAGACCCUGUGACAUCUCAAGACAACUAAGGGUCAGCCAUGGCUGUGUCAGCAAAAUUCUCGGCAGAUAUUACGAGACCGGCAGUAUUAAACCUGGAGUAAUUGGUGGAUCCAAACCCAAAGUGGCGACUCCAAAGGUUGUGGAUAAAAUCGCGGACUACAAGCGGCAGAAUCCCACCAUGUUCGCUUGGGAGAUAAGAGACAGGCUGUUGGCAGAAGGUAUCUGCGACAACGACACUGUCCCAAGCGUGUCAUCCAUCAACAGGAUUAUCCGGACCAAAGUUCAGCAGCCUUUCCAUCCUUCCCCUGAUGGAACACCCCUCUCCACUCCCGGGCACACCAUAGUGCCGAGUACAGCCUCUCCGCCUGUAUCCAGCGCUUCCAACGAUCCUGUGGGGUCUUACUCCAUCAACGGCAUUCUGGGUAUUCCCCGGUCGAACGGCGAAAAGAGGAAACGAGAUGAUGAUGGUUCAGAUGGUUCUGGCCCAAACAGUGAUUCUCAGGGUAGUGUGGACAGUUUACGGAAGCACCUGCGAGCCGACGCGUUCACGCAGCAGCAGCUGGAAGCUCUGGACCGGGUCUUUGAGCGGCCGUCCUACCCAGACGUCUUCCCCACCGCAGAGCACAUCAAACCCGAGCAGGCCAGUGAGUAUUCACUACCAGCUCUGAACCCCGGACUGGACGAAGUGAAACCAAGUUUGUCAUCCAGCGCCAACCCCGACCUGGGCCCCAACGUGUCUCAAAGCUACCCUGUAGAAUCCCAUUCAUCCUCGGCCUGUGUUAAACAGGAGCCUCACGAGGCUUCCCUGGCCCCCUUCACCCCCUCCUCCUCCUCCUCCUCCUCCCUGUUGGGCUCAUGCCUAGCGGAGAUGCAGCCUUUCCAACCCACUGUGUCAGUAGAUGCCUCAACCCCCUGCUACAGUGCCUAUGCCCAGCAUGGCCCCAGCUACGGGCAAUACGUGAGCCAGCCUAUUCUAGCAGGUCGGGACAUGGCGAACACAACCCUACCUGGGUAUCCCCCUCAUGUCCCCCCCACUGGGCAGGGGAGCUAUCCCACCUCAACACUUGCUGGAAUGGUUCCUGGGAGCGACUUUUCAGGGAACCCAUACAGUCAUCCGCAAUACACAACAUACAACGAAGCAUGGCGAUUCAGCAACCCGGCAUUACUAAGUUCCCCUUAUUAUUAUAGUGCUGCAUCCAGAGGCUCCGCCCCUCCCACUGCUGCCACUGCCUAUGACCGCCACUAGUUACCACGGAAACCAAAUCAAACUUCAGGACCAUGGCUUCGGCCCCCAUAUUGUACCAGUGUGAGUGGCAUUAAAGGUCAAUGGGGUGGUAGGUGGCUCCGAAAUUUCCCGUCUCUUUCUCGCAAAAAAAAAAACGAAGGAUGGACAACAGAGGACACCCGACUGCUCCACACGAAAUUCGGCCCGUCCAAACUCCCAGUUUCUUCAAGUCCCGUUCUUCAAUCUGCAAGACUGUACAGUUCCAGAGACCGAGAGAUUAUAUAAAUAUAUAUAUUAUAAAAAAUUAAAAAAAACAAUUUUGAAGAAAACAUGGCGUGAAGGAAGCUAAGUGAGAAGCGACAAGGGUUUUCUCUCCUAUUUGUUUUUGUCUCUUCAUGGAUCGAUACAUUCCUUUAUUUGACUGAUGACACCUCCAAAAAGGACCCAGUCGUGAACACAGCAGCUCUCUCCCGAGUAGGUUCUACUGGACACACGGUUCCAUCUUACUGUUCACUGGCUAACUGCAAGGACGGUACAAUCAGAUCCAUGCUGAAGACUCUAGCAUCAGCGAAGGCUCUGUGUUUUCUCUCCCUCAACCACCUCAUUCAAAACCCUACACCCAACCGACAGAACACACAGCAUGUACAAAGCUAUUCUUUCUUGAAGAGGCUGUUUGAUGCUAUUUGAGUGGAUGAGUUCCCUGUGAUACACAAUCAGAUGUAAAAACAUAUGUGUGAAAAAUGAAGAAGAAAAAAACCUUGACGCAUCACGGUCUCCUAGCAACCUGAAUUUAAAUUAGUAAAUAUAUUCUUAAAUUAAUUUUUUAUCAUUUUUUUUAUUAUCGUUAUUUGUUAUCAUGACAGCCUUUAUGAACAUUUAGGAUUGUUUGCUUUGUUUUUCGUUUGUUUCUGUUAACAAAAAUUUUUAAACUCAGCAAAUGAUCACAGUCCAUGCAAUAUCUUAUCUUUGUUUGCUCUUGUUUUUGCACUAUUAUCUGAAAGUCUGACGUUCUAGGAUGGCAUCAUGCAGAGUUCACUCUUGAUAACUACCUGUUUAUACAGCGGGGCAGUAUGAACAACAUUUAUACUCCACAAAUUUUUGCCCAUUGUCAACUAUAAAAAUGUGUCAGAUAUUGUACCUAAAGAGGCUCCAAUGCAAGUUUACAUGUCACUGAAUUUACUUUAAAUAAUAUUGUUUUCUGGGGCCCAUGAAUGCUUCUAUUACGCAGUUUGUCAUACAUACCAACCUUUGCCCAGAGAUUUACUGUACCCUUUUAGUUUAGCUAUAAUGAUCUUAUCAUAUUUGUCACACAUACAGUACCACUUACAGUACAUUUCGACAAGCUUACUAGCCAUUGCAAAACAGUACAAAAUGUUGACUCAACAUUGUACCACUAAAUGGUAUGUUGAGGACAGAAACCAAGUUUGACUUUGAGAAACACGCAUUGUGCACGCAUAUCCUACACCUGACAAAAACUGGUCAUCCUUAACACAGCUGCCAGUCACACAAAGAAAAUUCCACGACAGGAAGUGAGAGGAACGCGACACGUGACUCAGACUAAUGCCUUAUAACUCCACUCUCAAAGGAAAAAACUGUUCACGCAGCAGUUAUGCUCUUCACAGAACACUUAGCUAAAGCUACGGCUAGAUCCACAAGAUCUUCCCUUAGAUACGGUAGCUAACACAGUCCAGAAGGAAUUGGGAAAUAAAACCUUUGUUUUCAGAUAAAGUUUUUUUUCCCCUCAUACUGCUCUUAAAAAUGUAAAGCGAAUGUACUUUUCCCCAUGUUUGCCAAAGACUUAGUUAUUGUUAAUAUUUUAUUUACAGUAUGUGUAUGCAUUGUAAACGCAGUAUUAUAGCAAAAAUAACUAGUCAACACUGAAAAUGUAUGUCAGAAUUUUAUGCAGAGGAAACAGAUCAUCAUAUGCAUAUUAAACUGUAAAACAGCAAAAAUCCUAAUCUUUACAAUUAUUUAAUGUUUUGUUAUUUGCAACAAAAAUUGCUGCUUCAUAGAAUGAUUUGUGUGUAAUGUGAAGACACGUCCCUGUAUAUACUAUAAGAACACUUACAUGCUGACCAUUGCAGUAUCGUUCCUUAUUUACUGGUCCCAUUUGUAGAUACAAAAAAAGAUAAGGAUUGUGUCUGUCCUGUUGUGUUCUACAAAGUCAAAGCAUGGCACAAAUGUUUUGGCCAUGAACUCCUGGUUCAUAUGUUUUCAGGUGGUAGUUAUCAUCAGCUGUAUGUUUGGUUGUUAUUCUAUUCCUUUAUUUCAUUUUUUGUUUUUCAUAAUGAUGUUUUAAAUCACUAUGCAAAUUGAGAAAAAAGGCUUUCUUUUCCCAUUUUCUUUUGCUGGGCUCUCUUAUUGGACCAAUACAAACAUACAGUACACACCCUUCGGUUUUAAAAAGAAAAGGAUGUUUCGGAUGUCCCAGAAUGAUCAUCUUCUGAUUCUUGAGACUGUUUUCAGAACUGUUGUCUGAUUGUGAUUUUCAUUCCACACCCAUUGUGAAGUGUAACUAUGUUUAAACUGAAGCGACGAGAAAGCCCAAAGCUUCCUUGGUCAUGUUCAGCAAGAGCAACUUAUUUUGUGACUAUUAGAUGUUAUAGUAACAACAUCACCCAACCUAUGUAAUUGUGGUCCGUUUGCAUGCCUUUUCAUACAUGCACACCCUGUGGGAUAUUUAAAAAAAUGUACAAAAAGGAGUAACAUCCUGAAAAAUUAAAAGUAUACUUUUAAAACUAAUACUUAUAACAAGAGUGAACAUUACAUCUGAAUCGGGUGACCCUAUAAACUCCUGCAAACUUUUACAAAACCGCAAAAAUGAAGAAGAAGAAGAAAAAAAGGACGUAAUUGCUACACCAAGGACUGCGGCCACUCGCUCUGAGAGAAGAAAUGUUUCACAACCACAUUGCACUUGGGAUCUAACUGCUAACCGCUACAUUUCUUACCAAACUACUGGAUCCUACGGUUUGGUACUAAUGUGGUGCCACUCUUUAGCUGAGGAGCAGAAAAAGCUACUGUACGACUGCAGAUCAGACCGGAGGGCACGGGUCUCCCCCCCCAGUUGUAAAGACGAUAUUGAAAGAAAGUGUCACAGAUCUUAACGAGGAUUUUUAAAGGUCCACGACUAAAAGCCACACGGCUUCAAUCAUUGUUCCAGUUCUGUUCAAAUUUUUUUGUGCACAUGAGAAAUAAAUUUUUGUAUGUCAACUCAGA